AUGUAUUCUGCCAUGAUGUACUUGACGACCCUCGCACUGCUGGUCGCCAUCCUAUCUAUUCAAUUCCACGUUUACGUCCAAGCCCGUCCUAUUCCCAUCCCUGCCGCCGGUGGCCCAAAAGCCUGGCCAGUGGGCGCCAUGCACCCAGUCAAGAGGAGCACCCUUCAACACGCCGAAGAUGCGACCGCCAAGUAUAUCGCCAAGCGCACCACCGCCACUGGCGAUGGUGACUUCAGCACGCAUAUUGACGAUGCCGCCAUUAGGUCCGCCUCUGUCGCCGACAGCGACAACAACGGCGAAAAUGCCACCGCCGAGAGUCAUGAAGCCGGUGUCGGUAUCCUGCCCAUCCCUCGUACCCCUCCUCCAACCAAGUCCCGAUGCUCCGACAUCUGUCCUGCAAUUUGGCAACCCUUGUGUGCGCACAAUAAGAUGGGUGACAAGAAGACGUUUGGCAAUACCUGUCAGUUGAAUGCUGUUGCGCAAGAACGCUGCGCUGACAAGGAUGUUGAUCCUCAGGCCAAGCCCGACGCAACCAUUGAGGCCAUGGAACCUAUUAAGAAGGAUGCAACCACCAUGUUCUUGCCUAAGCGGGCUACCGAAGCGGAGAUCACCGCCAUAGUCACCACUGACACGCGGGGAUUGGAAGGAGACGUCACAGCCGGAACACCUCCCGAGCCUUGCCCAAGGAGUACCUAG